UUUUAAUAAACCCCAAAAAUGUUUGCAUUCAAGAACAGUAUAAAGAGAAAUCUGGUAGGCUCUUUGGCUCAGAAGAAGGGCCAAGGGGCCCUUCUGGCUCUCCAGAAGGCCUGUGGCUCAACGACUGAGAGGGAGAAGAGCAGCAGAUAUAAGAGUAUACCUGUUGUUAAGUUUCAAAUUGUGGAUUUGGAUAAUAAGUAUUAUGAUGUAUCAGCAUGGGAAGGUGAAACAUUAAUGAACGCAGGUAUUCAAGCAGGCGUCCCUUUUGAAGUCGCCUGAGGAGGCAAAGGAGAAUGUACAACGUGCCACUGAUACCUUCCCUACGAGAUUAGAGUCCACCAGAAGUACAUUGAUGCUAAAGAAGCUGAAAUUGAUACACUAGAUUUCGCAGAAGGCUCUUCUGAAGAAUCAAGACUCGCCUGCCAGACUGAAAUAGUCAAGGAAGCUUUUGAAGGAAAAAUAGUGGAAUUUAUCUAUUCUAUGCAGUAAUU